AUGGCGCUGCCGUGGCUACUAUUGCUGGAGCUCACCCUCUACGGCAGCUGUUUUGUGUGCGGGAUUAUCACUGCUGCCUCGGUUACAAUCUCUCAGGGUAACUUUGGUGGAAAGUGUAUGCUCUAUGGUACUGUGACAUUCAAUAGCACGGUUCUAAGCGUCAGUUCGUCCAGUUCCCCCUCACUUUGCUAUUUCGUGUCAGCCAUCUCUGUGUGUGUGGCUAUCUGCUGCUUCUCUCUCUCUCUCUACUGGGUCUACACCAGCUGCAUGGAUGGAGACGUACAAAGAAACAGGUUUUGGAUGAAUAUCACCCUUGGAGGAUGUGGGGUUUUCCUCUUCUUCCUCCUCAUUACGGGAUGCAUACUGAAAAUAGGAAGAGACAGUCUGUGCUCCUCUGUUACCCAACCAGCGCACAACAUAUCCAGGUGCGAUGACGCCCAGAACAAGCAAUGGGAGUCGCCUUACAACGGGAAUCGGUUCUACUCCAGGCUCCACAGCGCAGAGGUGGCAGUGUGGGUGAAUUUUUUCUUCUGGCUCAUCAUCGCAGCCCUAGUCUUGCUCCAACGUAGACAGGUAUCUGAGUUCAGGACAGGAGGGGAAGAUUCUGGUGCUAGCCCCUCAGAAACAGAACCCAUCUUCGGACGCCCGGGCCGACCUUAACGACCCACUACGAACACGACCCGACCAGAUGGAUACCCGC